AUGGAAGAAACUUCUAAUCCCGAAAUAAGAAUGGAAGAAGAGACUUAUCCCGAAAUUCUUCAUGGAGAAGAACAUAAUACUAUACAAAACGCAAGAUUAGAAGACAAAAUACCCGUGGACCAAGAGUAUAAUAAAUCAAGUCAGACAUUUCAAGAUAAUAUUAAUAUUUUAAACAACUUGAUUCCACUGAUUGGUCCCGGCAACCCUCUCGAAGAAUACUUUAAAGAUACCCAAAGCUUAUCGUCUUGGAUGGCAACAACUUUUGAAAACUUCCCCGCGUUUCCAUCAAAAACAACCCCUCAAAUCGAUCUUGAUUCCAUAAACUCCGCAGAAGUUUCACUAAGCGGAAUAGAAAAUAAAUUAUCAAGUAAACAGUUUGAAUAUCUUCAAUUAGGCGACCUCCUAACUAAAACGAACUCUCUUGUUGAGACUUCUUCUAAUGAAGAAGUUAAACAAAACCUUGUAAAAAUUUCUUCUUCUAUAGAAAUCUCUUGGAAUGCUUUUACUAGUUUGGUAAAUUUAAGUAAACUUAAAUUACAAGAGUUAAAUUGGGUAGUUGAAUUAAGAACAAAAAUGGGUGAUGUGGAUGUUGAAGUUAAAAAAGUUGAGGCUAUGUUGGAUGGUGUUGAGGAAUCAAUAAAGAAGGCUCACGAUGAUGGUGGUGCUACCCCUAGUCCAAAUAAUACUGGCAUUAUAAGUACUACUUCAUCCAGUGAAAUCACUGUCACCGGUAUUAUAUUCUCUACUUCAGUCUUGGAUGAAUGGUACACCAAGGUUGUCGCCGUGGAAGAGUUGGUUCUCGGUGUUGAUGGUGUUGAUAAUAAAGUUAAAGAAAUUAAUCAAUUUCUCCUACACGAUCGAUUCAUAGCACCUGAUGAUUUGAUUGAUCAUAUUCAAAAUAUUAUCACUUCUAAUGUUUCAAAUCUUAAAAAUAAGAUUAACACCACAAAACAAAAACUUCAACAUGAUCGUCGUAUAGGAAGAUGGUUUGAUGAUGCUAAUGAAGUUGAUAAAUAUAUUUCUGAUACUAAAAAUAAGGUUAAAGAAUUAGAAGUUCCCGAUUUCGUUAAUAAACAUGAAUGGUCUGAAGAUGAUUUGAAUGUUGUAUCUAUUGUGAAUGAGCGAAGAGAAACUUUAAAUACUAUCUUGAAUGAUUCUAGUCAAUGUAAAUCAAAAAUUGAUGACCUUGAGAAGAAAGCUAUCGAUAUAACUAAUGCCAUUAAAGAUUCAAUGGAUCGUGAAGAUCAAGCUGCAGUCGAAUUAAUGACAAAACAACUUAAAAACCUCAAUGAUAGACUCAUAAGAUUAUUUGAGUUUAUUACUCUCCUUUUAGAACAAACGACUACAGAUCGUUUUUCUAUCGUUAUAAAUAUUCUAACAUCUAUGCAAAGCAUGCGUAAUCAGAUGGCUCAAAUAAGAAAAGAUAUUAUUGAAUAUAACGAUGCUGGUUUGGUUCAUGGUGACGUCAAAGAACUAGAAACUCAAAUAACCGAUUUCGAAUCUAAUUUAUUAACUGAUGAUUCUGCCAUUUCAAAAGCUUUAAGGCAUAAACAUGCUAAACUUCUCCUUACUAUUCAAAAUAUUCGAAUUGCUCUGGCUGAAAAUAAACUUAAAAUGGCUGCUUAUUUAAGUCCUUCAAGUCCUACCUCUCCUACUUCUGCUAGUUCCGAAUUUGAUCGUCUAAGUGUUAAAAUACAAGAUCAAUUAGAUGCUUUUCAUGCUCAACUUGUAUCACCUCCUACUUAUAUGAUUGAUACUACAAAUUCUGAAAAUGAUGAACCUCAACGUAUUCAUGGUUUAACUUGUACUGAUGAUCAUGUUGAUGAACUUACUGAACGUUAUGGUAAAAUUGACUCUGAUUUAACCAUUUUUGAAAGAAGUUUGUGGGUUGAAUUUUGGUUGAAAAGUGAACCUGCCAAAAAAACUCGUGGAAAUGAAGUUAUUGAUCGUAUAAAUGAUUUAGAAGCUAAAUUCUCUUCAAUAAAAGAUUUAAUUGAAGAACGAAAACGUGAUCUACAAAAUAUCAAAGAGGGAAGAGAAUUUGCAAGGAGUGCUAAUGAAAUUCGUGAUAAACUUGAUGAAGUUAAAGGAAAAAUGAGAAAGGGUGAUACAACAACUGAUGCCUCAAUUCAGGAAUUGGAUGCUCUUAUGGUCGAUACUAAUAAAAUGUUGAAUAAACUUGAAUCUUCUUUUACCCUUUUAAUAUCACCUGAAGCUCAAGAUCAAAGUUACAGAGAUGCAUUUAAUAAUCAUAAAGAACAAUAUGUUCGUGUUCUAGCUUGGAUCGAAGAAGUUCGUGUUUGGUUCAAAGAAGCUGAACGUAUACGUUUAUGGAUUGAUGAACGUAUCAAUACUUUGGAAAGUGUUCCUCAAAUUGAUGUUUUCCAAGAAGGUGAUGCACCUGCUACCCAAGAACAAGUUGACGAAUGGCAAAAAGACUAUGAUGAAUUAGAAAGAGAAGUUGAAAAAUUUGAUGCUGAAGACAUGACUCGUUUAAGAGCUCAUGUGAAAAAUAUAAUGGGAAAUGAAGUGGCUCCUUCGGACUCGAUGUCUCCGGCUGAUACUAUGACUAUUUCCAUUACUUUACAGACAUUAACAAUUCUUGAUCAAUUAUUAGAAAUGUUGAAACGUCGUGAAAAUGAAUUGGUAGUAUUGGCUUUACGUGUAAAAUGGGAACGUGAACUUGGUAAAGCAUUGAACGUUCGAGAUAGAAUAACAAGUGAAAUUAGUGAAUUUAUCCUAAAUAGAGGCAGGUGGAAACCACCGGUUUCACCCAGAGAAGAUGGCUGGUUUAUUGAUUCACCUCAACCUAGGCAACGUGAUGUUACAUUAGAAAAUCAAACACAUAAUAAUAAUAUUGAAGACUUUGAAAAUAAUAUUAUUCCUCCGACGGGUGAAAUUUUUGAUGAAUUAGUCGAUUCAUCAAAUGUACCAGUUCCAGAACAUUUGCUUGUGAGGCAAGAAAAUAUUGAAGAAGGGGAUCUUCAAGAUUUAAAAGAUUAUUAUACUUUCGCAAGAGACGUUAUAACACAACGAAAACAAGUUCUAGAUUAUGCAGAGACUGCGGGAAACACUCAUACAAGAGGAAUUAAUUUAAGGGAUGAAUUGAUUAAAGAAGAAGAAAAUCCACGUGGUGGAUCAGUGGAAAAGGACUAUCUUGCACGCGUUAAUGAACUCAACAACCGGGUUGAAACUUCAUGGAAUUCAAUGGCUAUGAAAGUUAUCUAUCCAGAACAUAGUAGUCAUGACCCUGCCGAAAAUGAUAUCGUUCGUGAAGGUGUUACCGCCUAUCACAAAAAUUUGCAAGGGUUACUACAGGAAACCAAUGAAGCGUUAAAAAAUUAUCAACGUGCUUUACGAUUUGUCAAAAUGGCCGAAGAGUAUAAAAAGGAAGCAGCCCGUUUGGAAGAAUGGAUUACCAAAAAGGAUGAUUUUGUCAAAAAUCGUAAAUUUGACAUUUUUCAAGAACCUUGUAGAUUCUCUGCCAAAAGUAUAGAAGAUUAUGUUACUGGAAAUGCUCAAAUAGUCAUGGAUGUUCAUGAUUUUGAUAAGGAUGAGCUCAAAGUUCUUCAAGCAAGAGUUGCUGAAUUAGUUGCUGAAAUAAAAGCCGUCGGAACAAAAUGUGUAAAUACCGAAGAGCUCAAUAAUAUGAUGACCAAUCUAAAUACAAAACUUGGUGUACUUCAAGAUAAUAUUCAAGUCCUACGCCAACGUGAACCUGACGAGGUGGAUGCUGCACAAAAACGACUCGCUUGGGAAGAUUCAUAUAAAGAUUCACGUAAAUUUAUUGACUCCUCUCUCAAGGAAUCAAAAGAUUUUAUGGCAUCUAAAGCUUCAUGGAAUACUAAAACUCCUGAAGAUAAAUCUGCCCGUGAAGGUCUCGAACAAGAAUAUUCUACAUUCAAAGAAAAAGUUGAAACUCAUUUACAGAUGUUUGAAACUGAUCAUAAAUCAAAAUAUGACGCAUUUAUUGAAGCGAGCGAAAAGCUAACCGAUAAAGAUCGCAGAAACAAUAUUGAAAAACGACAAUCCAAUCUCGAAAAUGAUGCAAACAAACUCAAUGAACACGUAUAUUAUACUCGUGAUCUCUUGGAUCAACGUGCUGCUGCUGUCGAGUAUAAUUUCGAAGCAACAGUUUUGGACAAAGUUGCAACCGAACUUAAGGCUAGUUUGAUUGAAGCAGAGAAAAAUGUUUCAAAAGGUCCUAGUGAAAUUGAUUUUGAUACAAACAUAAAAGAUUUCAGCCAAAAAGUUAAAAAUCUAUGGGAAGAAUAUGGAUCAAAAAUUCCAUAUCCUUCAAGUCCUAUUAUGAACGAAGUAAAGGUUACUAAAAAUGCGGUUAUUAAAGAGUCUGCUCAGAAACGACUUUCUUCUUUAGAAUCUAUGGGUGAAGAAUUAGAAAAGUUAUAUGAGACUUAUCAAUCCUCUCUAGCACUCCAAGCACGUGCUAACGAAUGCUUGAAAGAUUCUUCGCGUGUACAAGAUUGGAUAGUUGAACGAUUAAAAGACCUUAAUGAUCGCAAAAUUGAUCCAUUAGCCCAGGAUUGCUUAUGGAAUGAAUCUCAAGUUCGUGAGAUGAUUGAAGAACAUGAAAAAUUCAAACAAGAAAAUACUAGAGUUGAUAUUGAAGACGUUAGCCAAGUUCGUCGUAACCUCGAAAUGUUGCUUGAGGAUAUCAAGAAAGCAAAUUGUAAAAGCGUUGACCAAAAACCACUUCGCGAUGCAUUGGACAAUCUCAACAAAAACUUUGGUGAUCUGCAAAACUUAUCAUCUUUGCAUCAAUUAGAUCUUAAUGUGUUGCAAGAACGUGCCAAAUGGGAAGAUUUAUACGGACCUAAUUCUACAUUACUUAAUGACUUAACAAAUCAAGUUAAUGACUUUAUCGCCAACAAAGCAAGGUGGUCACCCGAAACUGCCGUACCAGAAUCCGACUUGCAGCAAGAGUUUACGGAAUUUAAGCAAAAAGUUUCAGAAUUUGAAGAAAAACCAUUAGCAUUAACUAAAUCUGCAUAUAACGACAUGAAAUCAGCGAUAAAAUCAUUUCUAUCACAACAACCACCACCACAUAUUGCAAAUCGUCAUGUUGAAUUCACCCAACAUUAUGAUAACUUGAUUGGACGUAUGGAUUUGGCUAAGCAAGUAUUGGAUCAACGAGAUGCUAUUGAUGCUUACCUCAAUCAAUCCAACGUUGUUGAAAAUGAAGGUAAUUCAUUAAAAGCUUUGCUGAAAUCUACUGAGGAAAAUUGUGAAGCUGAUCCAGGAUUCGCCGAAAAAAUCGCUACUUUUAAUGAGUCUUUAAAUAAUUUGAAAAAGGAUUUUGUUGCAAAAAUACUUUACCCCAAAGACAAAAUAUCAGACAAAGAUGUUAAUGCAUCAAUCAAGCAGGUGGUGGAUGAACGUAUGGAAGAACUUGAAAAGUUGUCCAAAGAGAUUGACAGCCAAUUCAAUUCGUAUAAAAAAACCAUGGAAUUUUCAGGAGAACUUGAUGAUGCACUUGCAAACGCUAAAAGAAUUGAAGAUGAACUUGAUCAAUUCAUCUUUGAAAAAGCAUCAUGGCAAACACAAGAUCCAGAUAUAAGUAAAGAUGUUGAUUCAAUGGUCAAAAAUUUAUUGGCUGAAUUGGAUAAAAUCAAUAAUAAAGUUGCGGGAUUUGAAAAGAAAACGCUCAAGUCUAUGAAUACUAAAUUCGAUGAAUAUCAAAAUGUCAUGAAUUCAGACGAAAAGGAUGUUCCAGAACAUGUUGAGAAGCUUCAUAAAGAAUUAAAUGAAUUACUAAAUGACUUGAAAUCUCUCGACGAUUUUGCUCGAGAAAUUAUUAAGCAGCGUAAAGAUGUCACAGAAUACAUGAAUAACAGUGCUAUGUUAGAAAAGGAGGCACGAGAAAUUCAAGAGAUCCUUUUAACUAACGAACCAAGCUCACCCGGAGGAGAAGGAAAUACAGUUUCUAACGCUGUCGACAGUUUUGCAGAAAGAGUUGAACGUUUAUGGGAUGAUGAUGCUUCAAAAAUUGAUUAUCCAAAAUGUACGAUACAGAAUGAUAAGGACCGAAUAGGUCGAGCGGGAGAUUGUAAUUCUGUUAUACGUGAAGCAGUAAAUGCUCAAAAUGCAUCAUUAAAAUCAUUGGCAAAUAGUUUGAAUGAUCUUCUUCACACACAUCAAAAUGUUUUACGUCGUAAAAAGAUGAUCGAAUCAUACAUGAACCAGGCCAGAGACGUUGAAGCUUGGAUACAACCAAAAUCAGACAUUUUGCAUAGUAUUCUUAAUGAUGAUACUUUAGGAGAAUCAACAGAAGGUAGAUUACGUGAACUUAUUGGCGAAGUCGAUAGUGUCGAAGCUGCACGUCAAGCAUAUAACAGUGCGUUUGAUUUCGCCAAAAACUUGGCAGAUAAAUUGAUUGAAGAGAUGACAUAUGAAAUUCAACGUGGAGGUGAAGAUGUUGAAGACAUAAAAGCAGAUCUAGAACUUGUAAGCUCUAGGGUACAAGAAAUUGAUGCAUUAUGGGUUGAAUUACAAGACAACGUCCUCAAGUCUAAACAAAGAUUAGAACAAGCACUUCAAGUUGUAGAGUUUAAGGAAAAAGCCAAAGGAAUUCUUUCAAAGAUUGAUGAUUUAUCUAAUGUAAUAACAAAUAGUCUGGUAGAAUCUGUAUCUGACACUGAAAUGAAAGAUUGGCAAAUUAAAUUAAACUCUUUGGAACAAGCAGAACUUUUUGAUCUAAUAAAACUUCACGAUUUAGCUCUAGAAAAUCUAAAAGAUAAUUUUGGUAUUCUGAGUGAUAAAGAAACUAAAGAAAUUGAAGCCACCUUGAAUAACGUUAUUAAUUCUAUUAACUCGUUGAAAAAAUUAAUGGGUGAAAAGACUGAAGAAAUUGAGAUUUAUAAAUCCGCUCAAAUCGCUGGAGCUUAUAUGAAUCGUGCUAAUGAUCUACAAAAAUGGAUUGAUGACUUUAUCGUAGCUUUUGCGAAUGCUAAACCAACUUAUGGUAUUAUGGGAGAUGAUAAUGAACUGAACACUAAGAAUUUCCAUGAAUUAGUUGCAGUUUUGGAUAAUUUACAAAAUCAAUUACCCUAUCGUAAUGAACAGAUUGAAAGCAUCCGUGAAGAAUAUGAAGAUAUCACCUCACAAGAGGGUAUUCGAGAAUUAAAAGAUAUAAUGAAAUGUCACGAGCAUCUUAAUAAAUCCUGGGAUGAACUUUUUGCAUCUGUAGAUGAUUUUAAGAACUUUACUACAAAAGUUGCUCAAUGGCAUGACCAACAUGGUACUAUUUAUCAGGUUGAAACUAAUAUAUUAGAUGGAUUAGAAUCUCGUAUAAACGCUUUACCCAGUGUAGAUUUCUCAAAUUUGGAAGCUGAAGGCAAAGAAUUAGAUGAAAAUAUUAAAAAAGCUGCAUUAAUACUUGAAGAUACUAAAGCUGCAGCUAAUCAUGUUCCUUUCACGCCGGACGAUAAUCUCGAUGUAACAAACCGACAAAGCUUUGAUAUUCAUCACGAUAAAGCAAGUAAAAAACUAUUAGAAUUGUCAGAUGCGUUCAAAACUGCUCUCACUGCAGCUCACAAUGCUUCGCAAUUGGCAGCGUUCCAUGCUGAUGCAGAUCGAAUUAUUAAAGAAUGUUAUGAAGGAACUGCAGUUGUUAAAUCAAGACAUGAGGACCUUGAUCGUAGCGGCUACUAUGCUCUAGAAGUUGAACCACUCGCAAAUGUGCUUAAAAAAGCUAUUGAUGAAUAUACAGAAAGCGAAGACAAAUUGGGAAUUUAUGAUCAAAAGGUUAAGGUUGAUUUGAAGCAAGAAGCUGAUAAACUUAUUGACCAAAAUCCUGAAGCCAAUAAGGAUCGUAUAUUGAACAUUUUCAGUAAGGUGACAGGAGCUUUGGAGAAGUUUUCUGACGCUGUCGCACUUGAACGUCGUGAACUCGAACUUGUACGUAGAGUUUAUGCACAUGCCAAAUCUGCACACGAUAUAAAAAAUUGGAUGUCAUCUUGUAAAUUAGCAAUGCUGAAUAUUCAAGUCGGUUCAAUUGGUAUAAUUGAUCAAGAAGCAGAGAUAGUGGAUUUAGAAGAAAAAGUUGCUAGUUUCCAAAAUACAGUUGAUCAGUUCAAAGAUAUGAGCCACCGAGUUCUAAUACCUGAAGCCGAUAGUAGAGACAUUGAUGAGCCUCAACCUGAGGAAUCAAAUCCUAAAAUUAAAGAAUCUGUUCAGACAAGGACAAAUAGAGUUUUAGAGGAAUGGUAUGGUCUUAAUGAUCUACUUGCAAAAUUGAGGUCAAGCCUAAAUGCAUCGAAGGAAGCUCAGGAAGUGUCACGUACUAUUAAAGAUAUACUAGUAGCCAUUGGUCAAGUCAAAGAACGAGUAUUAAAUGUUGAAUCUUUCAUUACUGGUGAAGGAGUUCCAAGGUUACCAACAAAAGAUGAUGUUAUUGAUGGUGUAAGAGAACUUGACGAAAUCCAAAAUGAAGUGGAUAAUAUAUUAACACCUAGGAUUGAAGCACUAGAUGAUAUGAUAAAUAAUUUAACUGAAAAUGACAAGGGUUAUGUUCAACAACGAGCAGGAAUUGCAGAAGCCUUAACUAACCUUCAAAGCCUAAUUGAUAAUAAGAGAGUUCAACUUCGAGAAGCUGAAAAAUUGGCAAAAUUCGGAACAAAAGCAGAUGAAAUGAAUGCAUUAAUGAGUUCAUUACUUGAAGUAGUGGACGCUGCCACUACCACAACACCAGAUUGCCCACUUCAAUUAUUAAGCGUCAUUGACUUGCAAUCGCGUUUCACUGAACUGGAUACCAAAUAUAAUUAUUAUCAUCCUAUCAUAGUCCAAAAAUUAGCAGACGCACAAAGAGCAGCAGAGCCAUUAAAAGAUGAUUGGAGAGUUGUUGACCGUCUAGGCAUUCUGAUAGAACAAUGGAAUGAAUUAAAUGAAGUUGCUUUAGCCAAAAGAGAUGAAUUAAGCCGUCUGCUUUCAGGUCAGAAACCAUUAAUAAAAACACGACCUGGACGAUCCAAUUCACAGUCAGCUAGAGUCAUCUCACCCGGUACCUCCCCAUCACGUCUCAGGCAUCGAUCGUCAACAGCAACAACACGGGCCGCAUCAAGAACUCCAACACGACUUUCUCCAAGUCCAACGCCAGGUACACCAGGGUCGCCAAGGCGUCCACCAAUCCGUCUCUUACCGCAUUCAGUCAACAAUUACAUUCCAGACCCUAAAGAUCAACUUGACGUAGAAGUUGCGCGAAUAGUAAACGCGUGCCCUGUAAAGAUUAAAGUGUCUAUGGUUGAAGGAGAGCCUGGAAAGUAUAUGUUUGGAGAAGUUGAACCUAAGCUAUGUUAUUGUCGUAUUUUAAGAAGCCAACACGCUAACUUGGAACAAAAGUACAUCCCCAAAGCCCGAUCUUUUGUCGGAUCUGACGAAACAGAGUCAAGAACCAACGUCAGUGAGUCCGCUGGUAGUCCCAGUUUUUAUGAGGCGAACAUCCGCUUCGUCCCGAAGGGAUCAGAACUCCGUAUCGAAGGGUCAGAAGGGCUCGGCCCCUUGGCGUUGAAACGAAUGUCGUAUACUAGAAAAGUGAGUAGUCGAGAUACUAAUGAUAGAUCACGUUUGAUAAAACCAACAUCAGCAAAAACUUUGGAUGUGGGCAAUGGGGUUGGCGAUUUUGGUAUAUUACUUGUUUGCCCUGAAGGAAAAUGGGAACGCUCUGGAUUCUUGCCAAAUGAAGAAUAA